AGGCGUUUAGCGAUCUCUCCUGCACAUCCGGUUAUUUUUCUCUGAAUUUUAUGAUGAUCAUCAUUUUCUAAAGAUAAAAUUUGUGUUAUAUCUCUUAAUCCUAAAGACGAAAUUUCUUCAUAUGACAUCCGAGAGGGGUAAAAAGAGGCCAAGGAGUGAUGAUUGUGAGGAAUGCAAUCCCAUCUCUAAACGUAUCAACAGGCUACAAAUAGAAUCAGUUUCAAAUCAAACCGGGGCACUUCCUGCUCAGAACAUGGGGGUUUGUCUUCCCAAAACUCAUCCCACUGAGUCAGAUGACCUACAUUUACAAUGUCGCAACUUACGGAUACGCUCUAAUUCACACGAUGCCAAUCAGCAAACAGAACGUAACCAACCAACCAUGUCCACCAACAACAAUCUGAAUUCUGAAAAUCCAAACUGUAUGGCCUGCAACAUGGGUCAAGGUGAUCCGUACUACCAAGAGCUGAUGGAGGGUUAUGACCCUGAACUGACCGCAGUAGAAAAUCCACACUACUUUGACAUUAACAGACUUUUGUUUGAUGCUCAUGCCAGUAGAGCGGGGCGUCACAGGAUUAACUUCUCAAACUCAUAAAAUGAUUUCAUGAUCUGUACAUUGAGGUGUCAGCUUUGUGGGUUGAUUGUUUAGGUCUGAAUGAUGAAAGGGAAGGACUGCUGAUGAACUGAUCAUUUUUUAAAGUCAUGCUGACUCAUCAGAAUCUUGGUUUGUAGAAGCAGAAUGCAUGUUAUUUAUUUUGAAUACUAGCAGUGUAGUAGUCCACAUUAUCAGUGUACAUGUAUUGUAAACUUUUAUCUACAUCUUCAUGAUUUUCAGUAUUUUAAUACAUGGUAUAAAGAAUUUUUUAUUCCUAGAAGUUUUUUGUUCAUUAGUAAUGUUUAUAUUCAGCCUUGUUUCAUGGCAUAAGUCAGCAGUGUUUGGUCUUGUUUUUGAUUAUUUUCCCCUAAGCUUGAUCAUUUAUAAUGAUGACUGUGAAAUUUUGAAAGAGAAUAUUUGAAAAAAAACUGGUUUUGUCAAUGUUAAUUGACUGAACUAAGAUAUUUUGAUAAUAAUUGUCAGCAUUACAAUCUAUGUACUUGAUUCUUUUUAAUGAACCAUGGUAGGAAUGAAUGUUUUGCUUGAUUUGAGCCGCUUAAUCAUUUAAAUCAUUGUUGUAACAGUUUUCUAUCAGCUAAUUUCUUGUGCAAGUGACAAUUUUUGUUAUAAUUGCCAUGUUUGUUAAAAUUUUGAAAUAAAUUGUUACUUAAU